AUAUGGAGCAUUUUUAUCUUAUGGGAAAUUUUGUUUAGGUUAGGGCGAUGGAUCUUGUUCAUUUGGAAUCAUUACUGUGUGAUUCAUAAUAAGUUUUUUCAUAACAAAACGGAGUAACAGGGAAAAAGUGUUUUUUGGGUUUAUCAGGUCGCGAUUUAUUGCCGAUAUCGUCAGGACACGGUAGUAUUGAUUGUAGAAUAGUUGUUGAAGGAGAAUUAGAGUAAAUUGAGACCAUGAAUGCGAGCUAAUGCGACAACAACGACUGAUUUAACGUCAUCGAUUGUCAUUUCUAUUUGAAUUGAUGAUUAUCAGUGCUCGAUGAUUCUGAAUACACGUGAAACAUGAUACUAAAGAAUUCGCUUCGUUAUCUCUAGAGUCAGAUGUCAUGUGGUAACACGUUAACCUGAAACAAAUAGGGUACAAUGAACAGUUGAUUACGACAAUGGAUGAGGAGAACUUGGUGAGGUGUCGUCGUGUGUCUGUUGUACUGACGCCGUUGAAAAGCUCGGAGAUAAAUAAAUGGAGGCCUCAAAAAAAAUCAGUGAAAAAACGGAGGAAUCGGUGGCAGAAUGGGAGUUACAGAAAGCCAAGAAAAUCAUCUAGAAAACUGUCAGUGUCUUCGUCGAAUGUCGAUGAGAAUCGCUCUGAAACGAGAACACCAUCCAGUAUCGCUGAUAGUAUUAGAGACAUCAGGACAGAUGACACGAGAGAUGUCGGUCUUCCCAUCGAGAGUAAUGAGCCCUUUCCUCUGUGGAAGUUCAAGAGAAAACGACCCAGUGAAUGCUCUGAAUCUGAGGGUGAGGAACCAGUCAACAAGAGGCUGUCCACUGAUCAAGAUUCGAAUAUCAAGUCCACAGAACUCAAGAUCAAUCUUCCGAGGCUGUCAGUCACACCAACAGCUGGUGAAGAUCAGUUUGAGGAUGAAGACAGUGAUAUCGAUGUAGACAGUGUCCAGGAUGCAGCGAGUUUGAUAAUGGACAGCUGUGAGGACACCACGGAUAGAGUUCCAGGGUAUUCUGGAGUUGAGGAGGAGAUUUCACCCUUGAGGCCUGAAGGAGAGGAUUCUGAUGAUGAGGAGUUUGAGAAUGCUGACCCACCUGCUGAUCCUAGCCCAGAUCCAGAGAGUAUGAAAGGGGAUCCCUCGGACGAUGAAAAUGAAUCUGAUAACGACGAGGACUUGACCGAUCUCUGUCUUAUGAAGGAGCCAACAGUUCUAGUGACCAAGCUGGAGGAUGUGAUAGAGUCCUUGGAGAAUAACUACUCGUUUCCAGAUAAGAAGUAUCUGUCAGAGAGACAUCUCGAUAUUAUCAGGGCCUUUAAAUAUCAAGCUGAUUCUGAAGACUCGUCUUAUUAUCUUGUUAUGUCCCCUGACACUGAGACCACAGUGUCCAAGGAUGGAAGUAAUUAUGAGUAUGAGGAAGAUGAUGAGGAGGAUGAGGAUGACGAGGAGUAUGAGGAGGAUGAGGAGGAAGACGAAGAAGACGAAGAGGAAGAGGAGGAGGAGCAGGAAGAGAAUAUCAAUGACGAUGAAGAUGACGAGAUAUUCACUGCGAGUCUGUUUGGUGGGAGGAGGAGAAACAGGAGGAGAAUAUCAAGUGAAGGGAGCUCUUGCUCUGAUAUCGAUCCACUCCAUGCUGAGGGUGAAAACCAGACGGAGAAGUUGGACACUGGGACAGAAGAGCCACAAGCACAGGAGGAUGAAAUUCCAGAGCUGGAACUGCCUAGCAAUAUUUCUUCGACUUCCUCACCUCGUACACCUACCCAACUAGCCAAUGAUGCUGCAGAUACCUCAAUUUCCCCAGAGACUCUCCUCAUGCAUCCUCUCUCCUGCGAAGAAUGCCAGGAGACAUUUGAAACAGCAGAGGGGGUAUUGAGCCACACGUGUGCUCCCGCAGACUGUAAAAAAACCAAGUCCAAAAAUAAAGCACAAAAGCAGAAGAAAAGGAUUGCGCCCAAAUCCACGAGUCUUGACUGCACCCUCUGCUCGCAAACAUUUGAAAACCACGAACUCCUGGGUCCCCACCUUCUCAGCCACACCCCGAGGGAGCACGAGGCGGCAUUCAAAGCCGCUAAACGUCAAUCUCGAAAGGCUGGGCCUCGACCUGAUGUCGAAGUCGUGAGCUCACCCGAUUCAGAUCAAGAGGAGUCCACAGAGGUCCAGAGGGCUGAUUCAAUCCAGGCAGGUAUUGCCAUUAUGAAUGAAAAAUCUAAGGGUAAGGCGAGUAAGAUUGCAAUUCCAGUUGCCAUUUGUCCCUGUCACGUUGACGAUUUGAAACCGACUGAUCUCACUGUGCAAAUUGAAAUGGUUCUCUUCUGCGAAAUCUGUCAGGUUUUAUUUAGGAGGAAUGAGUGUUUCGAGAUGCAUUACAGGACUAAUGCAGAGUGUAAUAAAGACAGGAGAAAGGGUAGAUCGCCUAGAUUAUUCUGCAUCACUUGCCGAGUCGUUCUGAGCAAUCUCUCUGACAUGAGGAAACACUUGGAAAAGCAUGUUAGUAUAAAUCGACAUGGCACUGUCACUUUUGUCUGCAAUAUCUGCAGAGUUGUUUUCUUUGGGGUGGGCACUGUCUUUUGUACACACUGGUUCAAUCACGAGAAGGAUCCCAUGUUCGUUGCGAGUAGAUACUCCUUUCCCAAAUUAUGUAUCUCGAAUCGAGGGAAAAAUCCCAUUGGAAAACAGCCUGGUGAGCAAUAUUUUUUCGUGGCUGAAUAUGUCUGCAGAUCGUGCAAGCAGCAAUUUUCGUCUGAUAGCGAUCUUUUGAAUCACAUGAAGGAUUGCAAAGGGGAGGAGAAGCAAUCUAGCUCUCUAAAAGAAAUUCCUAAGGAGCCUGUCAAGAAACCAUUGACACCUCCUUCUCCAGCUCCACCUACCUCUUCAGCUUCUCCAGCUAAUGCACCAAUUCGAGAAUCUCCCAGGAAGGCUAUGCACCGGAUAAAAAUCAAUGUGUUAACGAAAUCUCAGAUGCUAGGUGCAACGUCUCAAUUACCUCGUUCUCGAGGCAAACUAGCAUUAUUCCGACCUGCCCAGCCUCGACCUGCUCCACAAGCAACUUCUCCACGAGCACCUGCUUCACCUCAAACACGCUUACCUCUACUUCGUCCCAAGACGAUACACAUGGAAAAAUAUACAGACGACGCCUCCAUGUUCUACAUCAAAAAGUGGAUAUGUGACAUCUGCGAGGGAAUAUUCCCCACGAGAAAAGCUCUCAUGGAGGAGCAUGUGGCGAUUCACUUCGACGGUACAAUCGCCCUGGAGAAGUUCAAUAAAUCAGUGCAGAGAGUCUAUACUUGCACUCUCUGUCGAUCGGAGUUCCCCACCGCCGAGGCGCACAGCUCUCACUGGCUAGAUCACCACGUGCAGCAGAAAUACUGGUGUUCUGCCUGCACGGACUCAUACUUUGACCUGAGAACAUUUAUGAGGCACGUGGUUGUGCUGUGUCAAAAGCAGCAUCCGACCUGCAGGGUCUCCUUCAUGACGAAGGAGAUAUGCAGACUCUGUAACGUUGCCUUCAACAAUUCUGGUGAAUUUGCUAAGCACAAUAUCGAUUAUCACGCUGUCAACAGGAUCGUGGCGACGAGGGUAGAGGAAAAUCCUGUGGUGACAAUGACUGAGGUGUCUCCAGGCAGUAAAGACCAACCAGGAACGUCGACGAAGGAUAUAAAUGCUCUCGUGACCAGACAAUAUUCUUCAAUUGCUCCGAAGAAACCUUUGGGACAACAAUCUCUGAUUUUCUCACCAGCUGGUAAUCCCCAGGCUUCAGGACUCGUUCUGUGUGUUCAGUCUCAGGGUAACAACGAAGGAGCGACAAGUCAACAGGCGAAUCGACCGGUUGUCAUUAAUAUCGCUCUUCCGAAUGUUAAUAAUUCGGAGAAGGUAGUGUCACCACCGAAGGUGAGGGCUCUGGAGGAUCCCACUGUCCAGGUGGUUCUCACUCAGUCAAAACUUUCAGAGUCCACUCUCUCUGCCUCUCUUGUCGCUAAUUUGAUACCCGUAAAAACCAUGGAAACCACCAGGGGACAGAACUCCUCGACCUUCGCCGUGACGAUGAGGGAUACCACCGCCACUGGAGGUUCUGUCACUGAAAAGAACUCUGUCCUACCUGAACAGACAAUCUCCAGUGAAGCCAUCAAUUCCCUCAUUCAGAAUCAAAAUUUAAUCCACGAAGCAACAGAUCACAACGAAAUUUCUUCACGUGAUAGUCAAGAGAGUACUCUCGCCGUUGAGGAUAUGCCAGAGAAUAGUACAACUAGUAAUAGUGAUGACGUGCAGAUACUUCAGGUGACGCAGAGUCCCCAGAAAUCGACAACUGCCAGAAGUGAUAAAACGGCAAUUUCCCCAGAGAAAUCCUCAUCAGUUCCACAAGCACCGGCUGUGGACAGUGACAUUGAGAUUCUCUCGGAGACAUCAGCCCAGGAAGAGCGGGAUAAAAAUAGCACAGCUGAAGAAACACCAUCCGAAUCAGUAGAAAAAACAGUGAAUCCGGACUUGUGCCCGGAGAACAGUGCAGAAAUGACUCUGCUGAAGAAUGUUCACUCAAAACCCCGGGGAUUUCUCCGUGUGAAAAACUUGUCUGAAUUGCAGGACGAGAAUAAAAAUGGUAACGAGACACGAGUGAAUAAUAAAGGAGGUAACACGUUGACUGAGCACUUAAUGGCGCACUUGAAGAAAGCCAAGAGCCCUACAAAGCCGAGUGCAUCAGCUAAUGGAAUAAAUAGCGACGAGAGUGGUGGAUCAGCGAGUUCUCCCCAUGUACCUGGGCGAAGAAUUCUGCCGAAUAUACCACAGAGGGGUCAGGGAAGUGGGGCCAGGAAGGCAACACCCUUGACAGCUAAACAGGAUCACUCAGGUGGUGUUGCAAAACCCAUGAACCGAGUUACACCGAUUCCAGGAUCGAAUGCUGGUAUGGGCAUGAGUUCUCAUUACAGCAGGCCCCACAAUUCUCAGUUCUAUGGAAAUGUCGAACAACCUGACAACACACAGAAUACAUACGUAUGUCCUAUUUGUCCACACAACUAUCAUAAAACUCUUUUUAAUUUUCUCACUCAUUUAAGUAAGCACCAAAAUUUGCCACUUGAUGUUGAAGCUCUUGUGUACAGUUUGCUUAAUGAGAAAUUCCCAUCCAAUAAGCAGGGACAUGUGCAGGGACAAGUGGCGAACAAGUACAAUUGUCUAGUGUGUUCGAGAUUCGAGACUAAUUCCCCUGGGCUAUUUCGGAAGCACUUUGCAACGCAUUCGCAGCCUAUGGUGAGCUCAGCUAUUCAGAAUUUCAUUUACGCUUAUAGACAGCGUUUAGCGGCACAUAUCAACUCCAUAUAUGGACACUUCCAGUAUCAGAAUCAUCAGAAUCGUCAGGUGGGAGCUGCUACCACUCCUGGCAUCUCCAUUGGUCAACAGCUUUACAGGUGCAGUUUGUGCGCCAAUUACCAGUUCUCGACCUAUCAGGAACUUGAGGAACACGCUCAGACGAUGCAUGCCAAUUUUUUUAAUGUCACUGAGAGGUCUGUGUGUCCUCUGUGCUCCAGUAUUUUUGACAGCACUCAGGCACUCAAGGAACAUCAGGAGAUCCAUCAUACUUUCCUCUGCACCAUCUGCAUGCAGAAAUUUCCCAAUGGAUUCGAGCUUGGCAACCACUAUGAUCUCCAUCGAAACGGACAAAUUGGCAAUUCGUAGAUAAAAAGAAGAUGAACAUUCACUCUUCUUUCUGGAGCCCUGAUGUAUUAUUUCAACAACUUCUCGAUUACACGUUUAUUUUCUUUCAUUUACCCAAAUUUAUUUUUGUUAGACGAGAGGAGGAAAUUUCAGUCUUUUUUUUUCGGUUUUUUAAAUUGAUUUCAAGCUUUAAUUUAAGGUUUAUUAGAGGUAAGAGGUGGACUAAUCGUGGAUUGGAGAGGAGAGGUAAUUGUGACAACGAGAUUCAUAACUUGGUAUACGAUUUUAUUAACUCUGCUACUUCUUCUGACAUAGUACAUACUUUGAGCAUUCGUACAAUCUUAUGAUAAAGAUAAACAAUAGUACGGUGAGAAGAUACCUGAUGGAGAAAAUAAUAUAUUAGGUGUUGAAAUGUUGUAGUCACAUGCAUAUUUUAAAUGAUCAACAGUCCUCUUCAUUGGCACGAGAAAUUGUGGAAAAGUAGAAACGAAUACGAACACAAUGUUCCUUGAAAGCGCUUGGGAUUGUCUAUAUUACUUAUCACUUAUUUAUAUCUAGAGUUUGAAGUGAGCACUCACUGUUUAAUGAACCAUUUAUCAUUUCGAUUCAUCUUCCAAUAUUACAAAUUAAUGUUAAUGUUUGAUUCUUCUUAUUAUUCAUACACAUCUACGUUUUGGCACAUUAUUCACAAUAAAAUGGCCGUGUUAGGGCUCAUUAUUACAAGCGAGAACGAAAUAUUUAAUGAGGUACCUAUUUUUCAUGUACCCACUGUUGCAGAUUGACAGAUCAGUGCGAAAGUAUUUCACGUGUUUACGAGUGUUUGGAAAAGGUCACUUAAACUACUGUAAGAUUUAUGGAGUAGAUUAAUCUUUGUAUAAUGCCCUAGAGCGCUGUCUCCGAACCAUGUCUUCAAGUGAUCAAAUAUGUUCUUUUUUUAAAUGAAUAAUUAAAUAAAGUCAAUCAAAUUUA